GUUCCAGUUGCCUCUUGGUUUCUUUCACCUCUUCUCUCCGGCAUAAUGUCUGCCAUUCUCUUCUACUUUGUCCGCAAGUUCAUCUUGAAUAAGGAGGAUCCAGUGCCCAAUGGUUUAAGAGCAUUACCAGUUUUCUAUGCUGUUACCAUGGGAAUCAAUCUGUUCUCCAUCAUGUUUACAGGAGCACCAACCCCUGCUGACAGCAACAAGGUGGCCUUUGACAUCGGAGGUUCAGCAGAAACCGACCUGGACAACAAAGAUUUUGACACCAAAGAUCUGGAUUGCACUCACGCUUUAAAUGGCAGUGCUGGAAUUGCUGUCCCAGACUUGAACGGAAGCCAGUUUCACACCGUACACAAAGAUUCUGGAAUCUAUAAGGAUCUACUGCACAAACUUCACUUGGCCAAGGUGGGCGAAUGCAUGGGAGAGAUGGGCGACAAACCCAUCCGCCGCAACAACAGUUAUACUUCUUACACCAUGGCCAUCUACGGAAUACAUGGGUCAUUGAAGGACGGGGAGGGAAGCCGGACCGGACUGGAUGAAGAGAAAAGGCGCUCGCGGUACGACAGCUAUAACAGUUAUUGUACUGCAGUGGCUGAUGGAGAAGUUGCUGCAGGAGAUGGAGGUCUGACAGUGGAGAUGGGGGACGAAACCGUCAGAAGAGACUCACUGGAAGAAGAAACGGAUGAGCUUGAGAUUGACAAGCCAGAGGUGGCCACACUCUUCCAGUUCCUGCAGAUUCUCACUGCCUGCUUUGGAUCGUUUGCACAUGGUGGAAAUGAUGUUAGUAAUGCGAUUGGGCCUCUCGUUGCACUCUGGCUGAUUUAUGAAAGUGCUUCUGUAGCACCCAGUGCUCCUACACCAAUUUGGUUGCUCCUGUAUGGUGGAGUGGGUAUCUGUACAGGCCUUUGGAUUUGGGGUCGGCGGGUCAUACAAACCAUGGGCAAAGACCUGACUCCCAUCACUCCCUCCAGCGGAUUUAGCAUUGAGCUCGCCUCUGCUGUAACUGUGGUUGUCGCUUCCAACAUCGGACUCCCAGUCAGCACCACUCAUUGCAAGGUUGGAUCAGUGGUGUCAGUUGGCUGGCUCCGAUCCAGGAAGGCCGUUGAUUGGCAUCUGUUCCGGAAUAUUUUUAUUGCAUGGUUUGUGACCGUGCCAAUUUCUGGCAUCAUCAGUGCUGCUAUAAUGGCACUCUUCUAUUAUGUUAUAUUGCCUCUGACCUAAUGUUUUAUGUUAAAUCAUUUACUCCUUGUAAAUACUUACACUUUUGUGCAAAAACGGGCCUCAACUAUGGAAUGCCUCUUCAUCCUGUCCCAUCAUAUGUACUGUACAUAGCAAAUCAAAGACUGUGUAUGUUUGCACAUCACACUCUUACUCUGUGAUUUUUGUACAUGUUUAAAGUGCUUAAUAGUGUUAGGAAAUGAUCUUUUAGCUGUAAAAUGUGUGAAAUAUGUAGUAUAGCAAUGUUUAUUUAGUUUUCCUUGGGGCCUCACAUUUUUUUAAAGAAAAAUAUUGUUAGUCUAGACUCUAGACUAAAAUUCAGUUUCAACUUUUGACAAUGAAAAUGUAUACUCUAAGCUGUAGGGCAGUAUUUUAUUUAUUUUUAAAAAGUAUAUAAAUGUAUACUUGCAUGACGUAAAA